AUGGCAUCCAAUGACGGUAAUCGUAUGCAUGGAAAGAUUCCUUUCUUUAAUGGGUCGAAUUACAACUUUUGGAAAAUCAGGAUGGAGGCUUACCUAAAGUCUCAGGGUUAUGGAGUUUGGUUAGCAGUGAAGAAUGGUUACAACCCCCCCACUAUAGAUAUCACAGAUAAAAUAGAGAUGAAGAAGUGUGAAGACGAUGCUAAAGCAGUGAAUGCACUUCUAGGCUCCCUAGUGAGCAAUGAGUUUGCAAAAGUGGUCAGCUGCACAACAUCAAAGGACAUAUGGGACAAGUUAAAGAGUGUUCAUGAGGGAGAUGAUAAAAUCAAAGAGGCGAAGCUGCAACACCAUAGGAAUUUAUUCGAAAGUCUGAAAAUGUCUGAGGGAGAGACCAUUAAUCAGUUUAUGAGCAAGGUAAACAAAAUCAUCAAUUCUAUUAGAGGGUUAGGAGAAGAGGUAAAGGAUGCAGUGGUGGUGAAAAAAAAAUUGGGAUCUUUACCUGACUUGUACAACCCUAAGGUGUCUGCCAUUGAAGAAUCUAAAGACUUGAACACAAUGAAAUUAGAUGAACUACAUGGAACUCUGAUUGCUUAUGAGAUGAGGAUGGUCAAGCCCAAGCCCAUAGAAAAGGAAGCUGCCUUCAAUGCUUUGAAAAAAUUGAAAAUCAAUGAAGAUAGUGAACAAAAAGAUUCCGAUGAUGAGUUAAUAGCUUACUUGGCUAGGAAACUCAAGAAAGGUAGAGGUAAAUACAAAGGAAAACUUCCUUUGAAGUGUUUCAAUUGUGAUGGUAUAGGGCACUUCGCUUCUAAGUGUCCAAAGAAUGAUAAAUUGAGUGAUUCUGAGGAUGAAGAUGCUCAAGAAAAGGAGCCAUCAGAGGACUAUAAUGAGUCAGAUGAUGAGUCACCUGAGACACUAUUUAUGGCACUUGGUGAUAGAGUGCAAUUCCAGACUACUGAAGAGUCUGAGGAAGAGGAAGAACAAGAAGCUCAGUAUGACUUAAUAGCAAAUUUGCAUUCUGCUUUAACUGAUCUCAAGGAAGAGAGGAAGAAAAUGAAAGAUCUAGAGAUUCAGCUUGUUGAAAAGGAGAACCAGAUUAGUCAGUUAAAUAUUACAGUUGAAGAUAUGGCUAAGAUCAAUGAUGAGCUGAGUGUCAAUCUAUCAUUCAAGGCAGAAGAGUGCACUACACUUGAAGAGAAAUUGGAGAUAUUGAAGACUGAAUUGGAAAAGAUACAGAAGAUGAAUUUACAAGAAGAAACUACACCAUCUCCUUCAAUUACUAUCUUAAAAUCCAAGGAUAAAGAAAUUAUGAUUUAA